UCGAUAUUCCUUCUUACCACAUUUUGGCGCUCGCAUUUGCCCAGCAAUCUACCAAUCAGAAGGAAAGAAGACUAAUUCUUUCUGAGUUAGGCGCGUAGUCUUUAUGUUUUUACUGUAUUGAAGGUUACAGCAGGUAGCAAGGAAGGCGAGUUUUGUGCGUAUUGUAUGAAUUAUAUGUUUUCUUGAUUAGGGAAUUCGUUAUAAAGAAGGGAACACUGAAGAUGUUUGAAGCUCGUCUUGUGCAAAGUUCCAUCCUAAAGAAGGUUUUGGAAGCUAUAAAAGAUUUACUUAAUGAAGCAACAUUUGAUUGUUCUGAUUCCGGAAUUCAGCUUCAGGCGAUGGAUAAUUCACAUGUUAGCUUAGUGUCUAUGAAUUUAAGAAGUGAUGGAUUUGACAAAUACCGAUGUGACAGGAAUAUUUCUAUGGGCAUGAAUUUGGGCAGUAUGACAAAGAUUCUUAAGUGUGCUGCUAAUGAGGAUGUUGUAACAAUGAAAGCACAGGACAAUGCUGACACUGUUACCUUUGUUUUUGAGUCCCCAAACCAAGAGAAAGUCUCAGAUUAUGAAAUGAAACUGAUGAAUCUAGACCAGGAACAUCUUGGGAUUCCAGAGACAGAGUAUGCAUGUGUUGUUCGUCUUCCUGCUGGGGAGUUUGCCAGAAUCUGCCGAGAUCUGAGUCAGUUUGGUGAAUCUGUUGUUAUUUCUUGCACUAAGGAAGGAGUUAAAUUCUCUUCUGCUGGUGACAUUGGUUCAGCAAACAUCAAAUUAGCCCAGACAAGCAAUGUUGAUAAAGAAGAACUUGCAGUCACCGUUGAAAUGCAAGAGCCUGUCACACUGACCUUUGCAUCACGAUACCUGAAUUCAUUCACCAAGGCAACAUCUCUUUCUAAUGUGGUUCAGCUGUCAAUGUCACCUGAUGUUCCUUUGGUAGUGGAGUAUAGAAUUGGGGAAAUCGGACACAUUCGUUAUUACCUUGCUCCCAAAAUUGAAGAUGAGGAUAACAAUUGAAUUUUCCAUUCUUGUAUUAUAAUUAGCAUAUUCUCAUUCCAUGGAAAGUGUUUGUUUUUUUGAAUGGAGCUGAACAGAUUGUUCACUUCUGUGGUUUUUUGCUUUAACAAAGAAAUUGCAACCAUUAUACAUUAAAUAGGUGUACUGCAGUUCUCUGCAUCCUAGUUCACUGCAUAUUUAUAUUCAUAUGGUGAAGAAUGGUGAAUAUUUCAUAUAAUGUGUGUCAAAUCAUAUAGAGAAUUUCAUCAGUCACAACUCACUGACAAAAAUAAACGACCAUCUGAUAUCAUAACAAUGUAAUUACUGUUUGAAGAUAUCCGUCUUCUGGGUUAUUGCGCUGUGUAGUCU